UUAAGAAAAGUAGGAAGUUACAAAAUGUAUUCCUGAACCAGAUAACUGAGUAACAUUCUUUUUUGUCUCCAUACACUAACUACAGUAUUCUUUCCUCAGGAAAACAGGAAAGCAUCCCACAGGAUAGUAACAAGGAACUCAUCUCUGGCAACAAUCCCCAACAGCAAAAUACUCAGAUAUCAUUUUAUCCUGAAAUGAUGCCAAUUGGGUUUGUUCAGUCUUGCUUCAAAGAAAAGAAUGGAAUUCCUAGACAGCCCAGUGUUUGCCCAGCGGCUAAGGCUAAGCUUUGUGUUUCAGUCAGAGGAUUUACCAACCCUGGACACUGCUUAGAUGGAUUGGAGAAUUUUUCUCAUGUUUGGAUUGUGUUUCUGUUUCACAAGAACACCAACAAGGCUGUCAAAGCUAAAGUUAAGCCUCCCCGUUUAGACGGUACUAAGGUUGGGGUGUUUGCCUCCCGCAGUCCUCACAGACCCAACCCUAUUGGCCUUACAUUGGCAAAGCUUGAUGGCAUUGUUGGUAACACACUGUUACUGUCCGCUAUCGAUCUCUUAGACGGCACACCUGUGCUUGAUAUCAAACCAUAUGUUCCAGACUAUGAUAAACCCCCAAACUUAGUUGAAGAUAAAUUGGAGCUGGAAAGCAGUGGUAAAACAUUGUCGCAAAACAGCGAUAUUUCUCGAAGUCAGGAAACUGCACCAGUCUCGCCAGGUUCACAGCUGAUUGAUCAAAGCUGCACGGUACCAAUGCAGCAAAUUCUGGAUUUGCAAUCUGAACCAACUACAUGCGCUCUAAGUAUUGCAGAAUGGAUAAGAAAGCCUCCUAUCAAUGAGUUGGAUGUCAAAUUUUCUGAUGCGGCUAUAGAACAAAUCGGUUGUUUCCAUGGGAAAAGGCACCCCCUUCUAAAAGAAUUGCACAGGAAAAGUGUUGAUUUGUCAGUUCAUAGACGUACUUGUCUACAGAAGCUUAAGCUUGGGUCAGAGACCUUCGCUGGUGAGGAGCCUGGAUCGUGUGAGCUAGGGAACAAUCAAAUCGUAGGGAACCCUUGGAUAAAGCCUUGUGAUGCUGGUACAUGUAGACCUGUCAAUACAGUUGCCGACUCUUAUGGCUCUUGUUCAAAAACGUCUUUAAAUGAGAAAACAAAUGAAUCAAUUGACGAUGCGAAUGGUUCGCAAGACGAGCUCUCACUCAAAGGAAAAAGUGCUAUUGUGAGCGAAGAAGUUGGCGGAGACUUGAAAGAAAGCAUUCCCCAACCUGUAACUGACAGUGAACUUCUGCCGCCGUCCGAUGUGUGUAUUUAUCAACUAGAAAUGCUUUCAUCCCCAGAGGAGGCGAAGCAAGCUAUUACCGAUAUUCUAAGGGCAGACCCUAGAUCGGUUUACAGACGAAACUGUUGUCAAGAUAAAUUGUAUUCCUUUAGCAUAGACACGAUGAAUGUGACUUGCAAUUUUGAAGAAUCGACGGUUGAAGUUUUACGAGUAGAGCCCGUGUUUUACAGGAAGCUGAAAUGAAACACAUGAUUGACCAGGUUGAAUUAUGAUUCCACCGACAAAAUUCAAUGUUAAGUUUAUGUUUGAAACUUGCACUAACAAUCAGAAUUAUGUCGGUGAAAGGUUUCAAAUUUCCUACUUCCUUCAAAUUUUCGGGUAAAUGUUGGGAAAAAAGAAAAGUUGCAAUCGAAUUAUAUGUCGAUAUAUGCUGCCUUGAGUCACAUCAAGUCCCUCCUAACUGGUAUGGUGACUGAAAUACAAUAAUUAUUAACUCGUAUACAUAAUGACUAAAGCGUAUUACAGUUCAUAAUAUAAACCGUUGUAUGUUGUACACUUUUGCAAAGGUGAAGUUGUUAAAUAUAACUCGUGUAAUCUUCUUUUUCUGAUUAUUUUCUCCGGCAUACUUAAGAUAUUGACCUCGACACGCAUUAGCAGCAGGUAAUGUAAGUUCUGUCACGUGACAGCGACGUAAUUAGAACAUUAGAUCGAAAUCGCACACCUGCCCUCGAUUAAAUAACUCAAAAACUCAUCUUUAACCCAGCUUACAACUUACAUAUGUACAUAUCAAAUGUUCUGCCGGCUGCGAUAAGCACAGGUCGAUAUCUUUGCAUUGACCAUUCCCUAAAAUUCUC